AUGGAUAGAAUUAUUUUAGAAAAAAUUAAAUGGAAAGAUUUUAAAAGUUUUUCAUAUAUUUCUCAUAUUAAACAAGACAAUAAAAGAAAGUCAAAAACAAAUAUUGAGAUUCCUUCACUUUUUGAUAGUGCUUUUUCUGUCGCAAUUAAACAUUAUACUGUUAAUGAGAUGUAUAAUAUAAUGGAGGAAUCAUUUAAUAAUAAAGAGAUUGUUGAUAUUAAUGAAAACUUAGUGAAAUAUAAUCUUCCACUUAUUUACAGUAAUAUUCAUAAAUUAUGGAUAUUAAAUGGAGUAUCAUUACAAACUUUUAAUAAAGCAGUUGACCAUUGUAGGCAAAAUGAAAUUACUCAAAUUUUACAAUGUGGUAAUAUGUUAAUGAGUAAUGUUAUUGAUAUAAAUAUGCAUCAACUUAAUCGUUUAAGAAAUGGUUUGAUUAAUAAUAAAUAUAAAACAUGUAUAGAAAUUGACAAAUGUCGUAUUCUUAAAUCAAUUUGUACAUGUAAUCGUGAAAAAAGAAGUAUGUGUGCUCAUAUUAUUGCAACAUGUUUAGAAAAAAUGUUAUAUCCAAAUAAGGUAAAUAUUAUCUUACCUAAUGUUAAUGGAUUAGAUGUAUAUUUAAAAGAAACAAAAAUGGAAUUAGAUGAUAUUAUUUUGAAUGAAUUUGAUUGGAGUGAAAUGACAAUGCCACUUUGUAGAGAAAUAAAUAUGAAAAGCUGUAGAAAUUAUUUUUUAGAAAAAAAUAUUGAAUCAUUUAAUAAAUUAACUAACAAAACAAUUGCUGAAAUGUUAAUGUAUUUUGAGAAAAAUGUUAAAAAUAUAGUAGAAUAUAUAAAUGAAAUUAAUGUUUUAAAUAUUUUUUUAUAUAAUUUAAAUGAUAGUAAAUCAAUGCUUUUUAACGUAUCAGUUAUGGAAGAAUUUAUAAGUAGUCAUUUUAAAUUAGAAAAUUUAAAUUAUUUUUCAAUUUAUUCAAAAGAUGUUCAAAAUUUUUAUGAAAUGUUAAAAGAAUUAACCUAUUCAAAUGAAGAAUGUGGUUUCUAUGGAUCAGUAUAUUUACUUUCACAAUGUUUUUUAAGUAAUCAUUUUGUAGAACUUUUUUCUAUAUUCUUAAAAUAUUAUAAUAGAAGUUAUAGUAAUGCAUUUCUUUCAGACUUUUCAUUAGAUGAACCAAAAUUUAAUAAUUUUAUUAAAGAGUCUAGAAAAUCAAAUGAAAGUAUUAGAGCUAAUAUUAUUGGAUAUAUAUUAAUAGAAUGUGUUAAAAAUAUAAAGCGUUAUAUUUACAUUAAUGAUAUUUCAAGAAAUGAUCUUGAAGGAAUAAGAAGUAUUUGUUUCAAACUAGGAAAUAAAUAUGAAAAUUUUGUACAUCGACAAUCAAAUUUUACCAUUAAAGUUGAUGAUAUUAAAAAUUUAUAUAAUCCAAUAUCUUCAUUAUUAUUUAAUAUUAUUGAGGAAAUUCAAAUAAUAUUAAAAAAUGGUAAAUAUAUUAAUGAAAGAAAAUUAUAUGAAUAUAAUAGAAAUAAUUAUGAAAAAAUUUAUGGAAAAAAUUUUUAUAAUUUAUCGUAUGGAUUAAAACAAAUAAUGAAUAUGUGUAAAGAAUCAUUUGAAGUUGAUGAUACUAUAAAUGAUUUUUAUAUAAUUAAUGAAAAAAACAAUUUAUUCUUUAGUGUUAUAGAAGAUAAAAUGACUAAUUGUGAAUCAUUUGAUAAACCAUUAUUACAAAUAUUUCAUUCUUUAACAUCAAUGAGAAUAAAAAAUAAACAAAAUAUUGAUGCUAUAAACAAAUUUAUUAAAUAUUGGAUAGAUUUGGAAGAUACUAUAAAAUUAUUGGUAACAUUUGGUAAUAAUUCAAAUUAUAAAAUUCAUUUACCACGUAAACAUAUGAAAAAAAUAUAUGAUGAAUUAUAUGAAUGCAUAUUAUUAAUAUAUAAUAUGGCAUAUUGUGAAUUAAAUCGAAUGAUUUCAAGUAGUACAACAAUUGAAGUAUGUGAAUUGUUAUAUAAAGUAAUAAUGAUACCAAGAAUAUUUUUCUACGAUUAUGUUCAAGAAAUUCAUUUAUGGUCUUUUCAAAACAAAUUUUUAACUAUUUUUAAAAUUCUUACAAAAACAAAAGAUAAAAAAAAGGAAGUUAUUAAAUAUUUUUCAAAAAAAAUGGAUUCAUUUGUUGAAUUAUUUAAUUUAGAAAAAAUUCAUGAACCUGGAUGUUUAAUAAGUAGUUAUGUUAUUGGAAUGAUUGCUAAAAUAUGCUCAGAUAAUGUAAAUGAUUGUACAAAUUUUUCAAAAUCAUAUAAAUAUCAUGUUAAAAAUUGUUUUAACAAAAUAAUAUUAAACUAUUUAGAUUAUAAUCCAAAUAUAGGUUGCAAAGCAUAUUUUAAUUUUUUGCAAAUAUUUUAUGAAGAUAAAGCAAAAUUUGUAGUAGAAAUUAUAAAAUCAAAUCGUGGUUGUUUUAAAUUUCUUGAUGAAAUAUUGAAUAAAAUUUUACUAUCAAAAUAUGGACAUUUAUAUUCAGAUGAUAGACCAAACUGUUAUUCAAUCAAUGAAAAAAUAUGUAAACAUUUAAAAACUCAUAAUAAUGAAAUAGCACCAACAAUAUAUUUAAUAUAUAUUAUAAAAAUUAUUCAACAUUUGUGUAUGAUUAAAAUUGAUGGAUUUUACUAUUGGAGAUUAAAUGACGAUGAAAUUGAAAUUAGAGAUAUCAACAAUAAAAUGUCUAAUAUUUAUCAUGUUUCACUAAUACUUACAACUUAUGGAUCAUGCAUAAAUCAACGAAUUGAAUUUUUAACCCAUGAUCAGAAUUUACAAAUGGUACUUAAAAUAUUUUCACCUACAAAUUCUUUAUAUUUAUUACCAAUUGUUAUACUAGAAAAAAUUGAUGGUGAUAACUGCUUUAUACCUAACAAUUAUUUUGAUAUAGUAUUUAAAUCAUUAAGAUCUAAAUAUUCUGAUAUAAGGAAUCGUGGAGUAAAUAUAAUCCUUGAAAUGUUGAAAAAAGUUUAUAAUAUAGAUAUUAGAAAAGUUGGAUACUUUUUUUAUAUUUUAGAAAGAAAACGAAAUGAUAUAAAAUCAUUAAAAAUUGCCCGAAAAAAUGUUAUUAUUGCUUUCAAAGAACUAGUAAAAAAGUAUAGUGAUUCAGAAUUUUAUAAGAAAAAUAUUAAUAAUAAUUUACUCAAUAUUAUAAUUAAAAGCAAUGAUUGGAGAAACAAUAUUUUCUUAUCACUUUUAAAAUCCAAUUCAAAUUUAUUACAUACCUAUGUUUAUAGAUUUGGAAAUAUUGCAAAUAUUGAUUAUAAAUUGCACUAUGAAGAUACAUUUGUGAUCAUAAAAGAUCUUUAUAAAUUAAAAAAAGAAUUAGAAUCUUCUAAAAUUAAGGAUAGUUUUACAUGUAUUCAACUUGAAAAUGGUAUCAAAUUAUUUUGUAGACUUGUCAAAAAUAAUAUCACUCAUUAUGAUAUGAUGUGGGAAUACCAAAGAAUAAAUGGUGAAAUUGAAAAAAUUACUUACCUUAUAAGCGAUUUUUAA